AAAACAAAUAACGAAACAUUAUUACAAGAUAUAGAUAGAUGCCGUUAGCUCCUCGUACUCUUCGAGCUCCCACGCGCAUAUGAUAACCGCCGCCCAAUUGUAUGACGGUCUUCGCGAGUUCUUCGCCGAACAUUUCUCCUUCAUCUCCUUCAGGACGAGCAUGUAAAUACACUGGCCAAUCCCUGAGAGUGUUGCCAGUCAGGGUUUUAACAGUGGGAAAGAAUAGGUCAGCUGGUGUGCAGCUGAUAGUUGAUGAGUAUGUUGAUAAGAUCAGCAAGUAUUGCAGGAUUGAGGAUGUGCAGAUUAGGUCUAAUCCGAAGAAUGCUCGUGAUGUCAUGGCACAAAUUGAACAGGAAGACAUGGCUGUAAUGAAAACUAUCAAGCAUGGCGAUUGGGUUGUGAUGCUGGAUGAACAUGGGCUUGAUGUAGGGUCUGAGCAAGUUGCUAACUUGAUCGGGGAUGCCGGAAACACGGGUGCUUCGAAUUUACUGUUUUGCAUUGGUGGACCAUAUGGUCAUGGAAAGCAAUUGCGAGAACGGGCUGAUGUAUCAAUUAAGUUGUCAUCGUUGGUCUUAAAUCAUCAGAUUGCAUUGAUCGUACUCAUGGAACAGCUUUACAGGGCAUGGACUAUACUUAAAGGACAAAAGUACCACCAUUAGAUGCUUUAAGUUUUUCUUACCUGCGAUCGCAAUCAGGAAGUAUUACAUCUCGUGAUUUGGUACUGGGAUCAUCUGCUGGGACUUGCAUUAAGCAAAUUUUUUGCUUAUCGCGACCGUCUCCUCUGCAGUUCCAUGAUCAGAAGACUUAUUAGAGUUCAUUUCUUAUUCUUCCUAGAGAGGAUUUCUUGUAAUGUACUCCUGGAGCUUAACUAGUAAAGUUCAGAGUAUAUAUCUAUCAAUUCCCAGAUAAUAUUACAGGGAAUUUUAGACAGUACUAUUACAUGUGAAAAUUUUUAAGAACAGAGAUAUACAUGCACAAGUUUGCACUACGAAGCAUAUGAUAAUUCUUUACAUGAUUUACCUUCA